UGCUAAGCGGAGGAAAAUAUCUUCCCACCUCUUCUUCUGCAUCGGCGGCAGCAGCAUCAUCUCCGUCUCCAACCCACCCACGCACGAGCACCGGCGAGAGAGAGAGAAGGCUAGUGAGAGGCAUGUUUGACGCCGCGGAUCACGGCGCCGUGGUAGCGGUGAAGCGGAUGAGGCUCUGCGCUGCUGCGGAGGAUAUGGGGAUGGAGGUGGACGGGGAGGAGGAAGAGGAGGAGGAAGAAGAGGGGUGGGCGUGGGGGGCGCCGGCGGCGGGCCCGGCGGGGGAGCAAAGGGCGGCGGCGAUCGUGGUGGCGGACGCGGUGGAGCCCGACUUCCCCGUCAUCUACGUCAACGCCGCCUUCGAGGCUGCCACGGGGUACCGCGCGCACGAGGUCCUCGGCCGGAACUGCCGAUUCCUACAAUUUCGGGACCCACGUGCCCAAAGACGGCAUCCCCUUGUCGAUCCAAUGGUUGUUUCAGAGAUGCGGCGAUGCCUCAAUGAUGGGAUCGAGUUUGAAGGUGAGCUACUGAAUUUCCGGAAAGAUGGUGCUCCACUGAACAACAGGCUGAGGCUCAUUCCAAUGCAUGGAGAUGAUGGCUCUAUGACACAUAUUAUUGCGAUCCAGCUGUUCUCUGAUGCUAACAUCGAUCUCAGCAACAUAUCGUACCCAGUGUAUAAGCAACAGUCCAACCGGAGGCCCAGCAUUCAAGAUAUGAACCCCGCUUCUCACGAGCAUACUACUAAAAUCCAAUGUUCAGACUACUGCGGUAUCUUCCAACUCUCAGAUGAAGUUCUAGCUCACAACAUCUUAUCUCGCCUGUCACCGAGAGAUGUAGCAUCCAUUGGAUCAGUCUGCACCAGAAUGCAUCAGUUGACCAAGAAUGACCAUCUGAGAAAAAUGGUCUGCCAAAACGCGUGGGGAAGAGAUGUCACUGUCAGGCUUGAGAUGAGCACCAAGAUGUUAGGAUGGGGUCGUCUUGCGAGAGAGUUGACAACCCUUGAGGCAGCAUCAUGGAGGAAGUUCACAGUUGGAGGACGGGUUGAGCCAUCCCGGUGCAACUUCAGUGCCUGUGCUGUUGGCAACCGCCUUGUCCUGUUUGGAGGGGAGGGUGUCAACAUGCAGCCUAUGGAUGACACCUUUGUGCUUAACUUGGAUGCGGCAAAGCCAGAAUGGCGCCGUGUCAAGGUUUCUGCCUCCCCACCUGGCCGUUGGGGGCACACACUCACAUGGCUAAAUGGCUCAUGGCUGGUAGUGUUUGGAGGCUGUGGACAGCAGGGUUUGCUUAACGAUGUCUUUGUCCUUGACCUUGAUGCUCAGCAGCCCACUUGGAGGGAGGUUACAAGCGAUGGGCCACCAUUGCCACGGUCUUGGCACAGUUCAUGCACGCUGGAUGGUUCAAAACUUCUUGUGUCAGGUGGGUGUGCCGAGUCCGGUGUGCUUCUAAGUGACACAUUCCUACUUGACCUGGCAAAGGAAAAACCAGCAUGGAAGGAGAUCCCAACAUCCUGGUCAUCCCGCCUUGGCCACACCAUGUCUGUUUAUGGUAAGAGUAAACUAUUUAUGUUUGGUGGAAUGGCAAAGAGUGGCUCGCUCCGGCUGCGCUCCAGUGAUGCCUACACAAUGGAUGUUGGUGAAAAGAACCCACAAUGGAGGCAGUUGGCGACAACUGGGUUUCCAAGUGUCGGUCCACCACCAAGGCUUGAUCAUGUAACCGUGACCCUGCCCUGUGGAAGGAUCAUCAUAUUUGGUGGCUCAAUUGCUGGGCUGCACUCACCUGCCGAGCUGUUCUUGCUUGACCCAGCAGAAGAAAAACCGACAUGGAGGAUUCUGAAUGUCCCUGGUCAGCCGCCGAAGUUCGCUUGGGGGCAUAGUACCUGUGUGGUUGGUGGCACCAGGGUCUUGGUUCUUGGUGGACACACUGGAGAGGAGUGGAUUCUGAAUGAGCUCCAUGAGCUUUGCCUUGCAAGCAGGCCUGACGAAGAUUCCUGAUUCUACCCAUGCUGGGUGCAGAAUUCAUAUGAUUUUAGAUCUCAUGGUUCAUUUUAUCUGCAUUGUUGCCCUUUUGUAUACAACAAUUAGUGCAAAGAGUCAAAAAAAAAGUGUUAGUGGUAGAAAGCUUAGUAUACUUGGGGUUCUCAUAGAGAUGCCAUCAUAUCAGUAGAGCUGGGAUUCUGAUAGUAUAGAUAUGAAAGUCUAUUUGUAGGUUGUAAAUGCAUGUACUGAUGAUGCCUCCAUCUUGUAUGCGCUCAUUUAUAUGUAUCAUUAUGCUGUUUCAGUUAGUGAGUUAUUCUACUAAUUGAUGUUA